AUUAUUUAGGCAGCGAUUUGUAUUUAAUUAGUAUUAUAAUAAUAAAUGAGGAAAUGGAAAGCUAUAAAGUAAAUGGUAUGGUAUGCAACAUCAGAGGGUAUACCAAAGAAAGAUUCUCUGCAUCAAGACAACAAAUUCCACACCCAAUAAAUGCAAAGAAUAACUGUUCCACAAAGCUAACUCACUCCUUUUUAUAUAUAUAUAUAUAUAUAGACACACACUAAUAAAUCACAAAUCCCCAACCCUAAUUUCAUUUUACUUCUUCUUCUUCUUAUUCCAUGGAGUGGAGGAGGGGGCCCACAAUCGGCAGCGGAUCCUCCGCCACUGUGUAUCUGGCAAACUCCGCCGCCGGCGCGACAUUCGCCGUGAAAUCGGCGGACGUUUACUCGGCGGCGCCGCUGCGGAGGGAGGAGUCUCUGCUUUCGCGGUUGUGCAGUCCGUACAUCGUGAAGUGCUUCGGCUCAGAUAUCACGCGCGAAAAUGGGAAACACGUUUUUAAUGUAUUUCUGGAGUAUGUUUCCGGCGGCACGCUUUUUGAUCUGGUUAAAAAGCGCGGCGGGCGUCUCGAAGAAAGCGCUAUCCGGUUCUACUUGCGGCGGUUGCUCUGCGGAUUGGAUUAUCUCCACCGGAAGGGAAUCGUGCACGGCGACGUCAAGCCGCAGAAUAUUCUCGUCGCCGGCGACGGCGCGGUGAGGAUCGCCGAUUUUGGGUGCUCGAGGUGGUUGGGGCGCGGGGAUUCCGAUGCGCCGGCGUUUUCGGGGACUCCGGCGUACAUGGCGCCGGAGGUCGCGCGCGGCGAGGAGCAGGGCUUCGCGGCGGAUGUUUGGGCGGUAGGUUGCACGGUUAUUGAAAUGGCGACCGGAUCUAAUCCCUGGCCGGGGAUGAAGGAUCCGGCGGCGGUGCUCUACAGAGUCGGAUAUUCCGGCGACGCUCCGGAUAUUCCGAGCUGGUUGUCUGCCGACGCUGGGGAUUUUCUCGCCAAGUGUUUGAUUCGUGACUGCAAGGAGCGGUGGACGGCCGGCGAACUUCUGCAGCAUCCGUUUUUGGAUUCUGUGGAAGAGAAUUGUGGUUGCGGGGAAUUGGUUGGGGAGGUUAAGAGGAGAUCUCCGACUAGCGUGGUGGACCGAGGCUUCUGGAAUGAUUUGGAGGCGUCGGAUUCUUCUGAAGCUCCGUCGGAAAAUGAUAUCUCGCCGGCGGUGAGAAUUAGGGAUUUGAUCGGAGACGGUCUUCCGGCGGAGUCGAAUUUUGAAGUGUGGACAGAGGAGGAAGAAGAAGACUGGUUAACGGUGAGGGGUAACGGCGGUUCAACGGAAGUAUCGUCCGUUACGCAUUUUAGCGUGGACGAUGACGUCAUUCAAACGUCACAAUUGACGGAGGACGCUCUCAAUGAGCACGCGGAGAAUAGUAGCGAAAAUUCAGUUAGGAGGGUAGAAAAUUAUUUUGUAUCCAGUAAAGAAAACAAAAUAUUAAUAAGAUUAAAUUCUUUUUCAAUAUUAGAAUUUUGAUAUAAUUCUUGGCCAAAUUCAGUCAUCAGUUUUUGUACAUUUCCAUAGCAAAUAAUGAAAGGUAUAAUUGGCUCCGAAAAAAGAAAAAAGAAAACACGCAAAUACACAAAAUCUUAUAAUUCAACAAAGUAUCCAAUAACCUUCUCGGAUCAUAAGCAUUUAAAAUUAUAGCAUGUAAUCAAUUUAAAGCUUCGUAGAAAUAAAUCUCCAUAUAAAAGAUACUCAAAUAUGCGUGUGUUUCAACUGUAAUAUUGUAUUAUUUGACUUACAAUAACAAAAUAUUAAAGUUAAAAUUCAAAGUACAAACAAAACUAUACUUUUGAAAAACAUUUAAUAAUAUUUGACUUGUAUUUGUCAGCAUUAUUUCUGAAUUAUUAAACGCCUAGAUGAUGAAAAGUAUAUGGCAAUUAUAGAACAGUUUGAUUAAUAAUAAUAAUAAUAACAACAACGAUAGAUAAAUGAGCCCAUAAGUGAGUUAACUCGCGAGUUGUGGUGUAAAUGUUGACUUUUGGGUUAGUCAACGUUGAGACAAGGAGGCACG